AUGUUUAUUGAUGAAACGGUUUAUUAUCGUCACAUUGAUUGUGCUCAAGUUUAUGGCAACGAGAAGGAGAUUGGCUAUGUAUUGAAGAAACUGUUUGAUGAUGGUGUUGUGAAACGUGAAGAUUUGUGGAUUACCUCGAAACUCUGGAAUACCGAUCAUGCUCCGGAAGAUGUACCGCCAGCAUUGGAUAGGACUUUAACAGACUUACAGCUUGAUUAUGUUGAUUUGUAUCUUAUCCACUGGCCUGCUCCGAUGAAGAAAGGAUCAGUAGGUUUCAAGCCUGAAAAUCUUGUGCAACCUAAUAUUGCCAGCACAUGGAGGGCGAUGGAAUCACUUUAUGACUCUGGCAAGGCACGGGAUAUAGGUGUAAGCAAUUUCUCCACCAAGAAGUUGGGGGAUUUGCUGGAGAUUGCUCGCAUUCCACCUGUUGUCAAUCAAGUCGAGUGUCAUCCUUCUUGGAGGCAGGACAAGCUGCAGGAUAUUUGCAAUUCCAAAGGUGUCCACCUCUCUGUGAGUUUUGAAAUCUUGAAUGAUCAUUAUUUUGUUUCUGCAUAUUAA